AUGCAUACUUUGAGAUUAUUAUGGCCAGCUAAUAAUGAAACAACAUUGCAAAGACGUCAAACAAGAGUAAAUCGUCGUAAAAUGGUGCAAAUUGUGGAGAUCGAGGAAUUGGAAUUUGUUCAUCGUUUUAGGUUAGAUAAACAAAGUUUUUGGCAUCUUUGUGAUGAUCUUCGGCGUUUAACGUCAUUGAAAGGUACCAGGGAAAUUAAUUUAGAAAUCAAGGUUUUGUGUACUCUUAGAUUUUUAGCAACGGGUUCAUAUCAACGCAUUGUUGGACUAACGCAGCAUUUGGUACAAAGAACAACUAGUAGGCCUAUACGUCAAGUUGUUGAAGCAUUGAGCCAUCCAGCCAUUCUAAAUAAAUGGAUUCUGUUUCCAAGGUCGCAACAACAAAGAGCCCAAAUAAGACUUGAAGGCGAUUUAGACUCCCGGGUAAGCAACAGUAAUUUAAAAAUUACUGAUGUAAAUCCAAAGUUUGGGGAGCUACCCAUGACUCACUCAUUUGGGCAUCUAGCAGAAUGGAAACAUUUAUGCGAGAAUUGCACCAAAAUGGAGAACAAGUGUGGUUAUUUAAAGGCCAAUUUGCCUCCUCCACCUAUUAUGGAAGUAGAAGAAGAUGAUGCUCAACCUGACAAUGCAUCUGAUAGCGUUGGUGCUGCUAGUGAUCAAAGUGAGCUACUCCAAGGCAGGGCUGAAUAA